AUGGGAACUGUAAAACGAUCAGCAUGCAUGACAAUCCUUAUAUAUCUUUUGAUAUUAUUCCUUCUUUCGCCGUCCUUGGCCAUGGACCUUCCCGUUGUAUCCGACGGCGGUAACCGGAGCGACGUGGAAGUUGGCUUCAUCUACAAAACGUGGAUGUCCAAUCACGGAAAGAGGUAUGUCAAUUCUCUGGGAGAGAAGGAAAAUCGUUUUCAGAUCUUCAAGGAAAAUCUCCGUUUCAUCGACCAGCACAAUGCCAAGAACCUCAGUUACCAGCUCGGUGUAACUCGGUUUGCUGACCUAACCGUCCAAGAAUACCAAGAACUUUUCUCUCAAACCCUUAAACCGAGACAAAGGGAUCUCAGGAUUAGUCGCAGGUACGUGCCACUUGACGUAGAUCUACUCCCCGAGUCCGUUGACUGGAGGAAUGAAGGUGCAGUGUCGGAGAUUAAAGACCAAGGCACUUGCAAUAGCUGCUGGGCAUUCUCCUCAGUGGCAAGCGUGGAGGGAAUAAACAAGAUCGUGACAGGAGAGUUAGUCACAUUGUCCGAGCAAGAACUGGUCGACUGCAACACGGAGAACAACGGUUGUUAUGGCAAUGGCUGGAUGGAUGUAGCUUUCCAGUACCUUAUCAAUAACAAUGGCCUAGAUUCCCAAAUGAAUUAUCCAUACAACGCCGUUCAAGGAUACUGUAACCACCAAAAGAAUAAUUCAACCAAGAUCGUAACUAUUGAUGGAUACGAGGAUGUGCCAGCAAAUGAUGAGGCUUCCCUAAAGAAGGCGGUGGCUCACCAGCCCGUGAGUGUUGGCUUUGACAAAAAAUCCCAAGAAUUUAUGCUCUAUAAAUCGGGUAUAUAUAAUGGACCCUGCGGGACAGCACUUGAUCAUGCGCUUGUUAUCGUGGGUUACGGUAGUGAGAAUGGUCACGACUAUUGGAUCGUGAGAAACUCAUGGGGCACGAGGUGGGGUGAUGCUGGCUAUGCUAAGGUUGCUCGUAACUUUGAAAAUCCAACAGGUAUAUGUGGGAUUGCGAUGGUUGCUUCAUACCCUACCAAGAACUAG